CGCCGGCCUGGUUCCUGGUCGCUUGGAGGGGUGCAAUUUGGGGCGAAAGGUUCUCGACUUUCACCAUGUCCACCCGAGUGGAUAGCUCCCAAACCAUCCGGUGGCGGUCUCAGGGGGAUGCACCUAAAUCUGCCGCCGUGAUUGAGCAGUGGAUACGCCGAAUCGCAAUGGAAUAUUCCGACCCUGGCUUGCGCCUUGGACAGUCGAGUGCUAUAAGAACGAGGGUCCCAGACCAUUCGUCUUUGCUACUUGGCACAUCACAAUCAAGACUGGCUCUUGACGUUCUCUCUUUUACUCUCACAUUCAUUCAAUCUUCAUCGCUACAGUCACUCUUUUCAAUCGACCAGCUCGAUAUACAUUCUUUUCAAAAUGAGAAUCAGCAACUUGGUUAUUGCGGCCUCUGCCGCUGGCAUGGUCAACGCUCUUCCCAAGCGUGAGAUGAAGAAGCGCGCCUCUUCUGGAUUUACCUUCUUCGGUGUCAGCGAGUCUGGUGCUGAGUUCGGUUCUGGAGUCGGUACUCUGGGAACCACCUACACCUGGCCCACCACCAGCCAGAUCCAGGUCCUGAGAGAUGCGGGCAUGAACAUGUUCCGUGUUCCCUUCCUCAUGGAGCGUCUGACUCCGGAUAGCAUUACUGGCUCCUUUGCCUCUGCCUACUUGAGCGACCUCAAGACGACCGUCGAGUUCAUCACCAAGAGCGGAGCCUACGCCGUCCUUGAUCCCCACAACUACGGAAGAUACGACGGAUCCAUCAUCUCCUCCACUGACUUCCAGACCUGGUGGAAGAACGUUGCUGCUGAGUUCGCCGACAACGAGAAGGUUAUCUUCGACACCAACAAUGAGUACCAUGAUAUGGAGCAGUCCUUGGUCUUGAGCCUCAACCAGGCUGCCAUCGACGGUAUCCGUGCCGCGGGCGCUACGUCCCAGUACAUUUUCGUCGAGGGUAACAGCUACUCCGGUGCCUGGACCUGGACUCAGAACAAUGACAACCUCUCUGGUUUGACUGAUACUGAGGACAAGAUCAUCUACGAGAUGCACCAGUACCUCGACUCCGAUGCCUCUGGUACUUCGGAGACUUGCGUCAGCUCCACCAUCGGUAAGGAGCGUCUCGAGAGCGCCACCCAGUGGCUGCAGACCAACAAGAAGAAGGGUAUCAUCGGAGAAUUUGCUGGUGGUGUCAACUCUGUCUGUGAGGAGGCCGUCGAGGGCAUGCUCUCUUACAUGUCCGAGAACACCGAUGUCUGGGUUGGUGCCUCUUGGUGGUCUGCCGGUCCCUGGUGGGGAUCCUACAUGUACAGCCUGCAGCCCUCCGAUGGCCCGGCCUACUCCACUUACCUCCCUAUCCUGGAGAAGUACUUCCCCGAUGGUGACUCUGCUGCCACUUCGGCUGCCUCUGCUGUUCAGCAGACCACCACUGCUGCCCCUCACCCCCAGGUUGCGACCACAUCCGCCGUCUCCGCUGCUGCCGCCGCCCCUACCAGUAGCAGCUCUUCUGCCACCACCUUUGCCACCUCCACCAAGUCCAAGUCCCCUUGCAAGCUGCACAGCAGCACCGCUGCUUCCGCCUCCGCUACCAACGCCGCCUCUGCCACCACCGCUGUUGUCGUCGAGCAGCCCACUACCACUGCUCCCGCCGUUGUCGUCAAGCAGCCCACUACCACUGCUCCCGCCGUUGUCGUCGAGCAGCCCACUACCACUGCUGCCGCCGUUGCCGCCACUACUCCUGUUGUCAUCCCCAGCGCCGUUACCUCAAGCGUGGUUGCUGCAAGCGGUAGCGCCGGUGCCAGCGACCCCCAGGGCGCUCAGGCCACCAACGCUGCUGGCCAGGUCAAGCAGUACUACCAGUGCGGUGGAGCCAACUGGACCGGACCUACUGAGUGCGAGAGCCCUUACACCUGCGUCAAGCAGAACGACUUCUACUAUCAGUGUGUUGCCAAGAACUAGACCGACGAUCGUUGGAU